GAAGUAUUAAAGUUAAAUGGUGUCAAGUUACCUGUGUGUAAUUGUUGUAGUACAUAAAUAAUAGUAUGGAGUAGCAGAUUUGUGUAAUACGGUGAUAUCAACAAGGAUUAUGCAUUCAAGAAAGUUAAAUUCACUCAUAAAAAUAAUUUUAAUAUUUACUGUCUCAUCAAAUAUUUUGUUCUGUGUGACCAGCCUGUAUUACAUUUCAAACUGCAAUGGUAUAGUUACUAAAGAUAACGAGGAGCAUACUAAGACAGCAGGAUGGAACGAAGGUGAAGCAACCUGGAAUAAUGUGAAUUAUAGGAAUGGUGGAAUAUUAUCUGAAUGGAAACUGGGCAAUUUAAGCGCGAAGUUAUCCUCUUAUCACGACAGAGAUCACGUGAAAACCGUGUGUUCUGAACUUCCUUCAAAUCCAGGUGGUAGGAUGAAUAUAAGUAGGUUGGUACAGCCCGAAGAUGUUUUCAAUUCAAGCUCGCUCAAGUUGGUCCGUCCUGGUGGGCACUACGUUCCCGGAUGCUUGGAGAGGGAAACUGUAGCCAUAAUAGUUCCAUAUAGGGACAGAGAGAGACAUUUACAGACACUGCUAUAUCAUCUACAUACAUUUCUCCAGAGACAACAACAUCAGUAUGCAGUGUUUGUGGUAGAAAUGGCAUACCCAACCCAGUUUAAUAGAGGCAUUUUGGCAAAUAUUGGCUUCCUAACAGCUAAAGAGAUUCUUAAUUUCACUUGCUAUAUCAUCCACGAUGUUGACCUUCUUCCAGUUGAUGAUAGAAACCAUUAUAAAUGCUCCAACAAUCCAAGACACCUCUCCGUCAGCAGCAGUAAAUAUGGAUACAAGCUCCCUUACGGUCAUUAUAAUGGCGGGAUUAUCGCAUUCACACCUGGUCAGUUUCUGAAGAUUAACGGAUUCAGCAAUGCGUAUUUCGGCUGGGGCAAAGAAGAUGACGAUUUACAUAAACGGAUUUUAAAUGCUGGUUACAAGAUCGACAGACCUGAUCCAACCAUUGGAGUUUACGAGGAAAUUGCAAGACAAGAUGUUCAAGACUUUUCAAAUCCAGAUAACCCAAUGAAGGACAGCUUAUACCUACGGGCAGAGAAGAGAUUCAGACGAGAUGGAGUCAACAAUGUUUUGUUUAAAAGACUAGCCCUCGAGUUUCUGCCACUUUACACAUGGGUGUACGUCAACACGAGCGAACUGACAGUAAUGAAAAUGAUGAAACAUAUUGACCCUGGACUUGAAGAAACAUUUGCAAGAGUGAAGCCUCUUUAAAACUUCUGAUGUCAGGAAUUGUUAUGCAUAUAUUCAACAUGUUAUAUAUGGAACUUUGUUAUCAACUACCUUAGGGGAACAUUAACUAAU